GGGUAUGCGCACGGUCUCCGAGCACCGGUUUGAUGGCGAGGGCGGCGAUUCUCUGGCGGUGUCGAUUAGCGAAGUGAUGAAAGAAGAUUAUGGGCUCUAUGUUUGGCCGUGUGGGAUUUGCUUGGGAGAGUAUGUUUGGCAGCAAAGGCAUCGCUUUGCUGGGGCUACUGUGAUCGAGCUUGGAGCAGGCACUGGAUUGCCAGGAAUUGUUGCAGCAAAGGUCGGUGCCAGAGUGAUCUUGACAGAUUACAAGCUCUAUCCAGAGGUCUUUGAAAACAUGCGUAAGACUUGUGAUCUAAACAAUGUGGAGUGCGAGAUUCAGGGGCUUACUUGGGGAGAAUGGGACGAGAAUUUACUCGCCAUGAAACAUCCUCGUUUUGUUCUUGGAGCUGAUGUUCUAUACGAUUCCAAAGAUUUCGACGAUUUGUUCGCAACCGUGAGUUAUUUCCUAGCUAAUAAUCCCGACGCGACAUUCAUAACAAGCUACGAGUGUAGAAGUGGCCACAGGUCGAUCGAGUUUUUGAUGGGAAAAUGGAAGCUUUGCUGCACAAAGCUUGUGGACGUGUGUGAUAUUUUACCUCCCUUGAAACAAUGUGCAAUAUCAUCGUCGAUAUUGAUAGCUGAAAUCAAGAGUAUAAGACCAGGUGUAUAAGCAAAUCCAGCUUCAAACAUAACUUCAAACGCUCACACACAUGGAGGGUGGAACGAUAUUCUUACAAGCUCAAUACACCAAGACCUACUUCCGCAAACAGAUGGAUUGUAGAGGACGUCUGCCAACUCUACAAGUGCAAUGGAUCCAAGAUCAUGCCCGCCAAAGAGAGCAGCUGAUGUGGAUGUCUGCUGAACUCCUAUAAAUGCAAAUUAGACGUCUCAUUAA